AUGAACUUUCUAUUCAAAACCAAGAAGACCGUUUCGCGGGGUCUCGCUGCCAGUGGAGAUGGCGCUGUGUUUGUGGCCAAGGGUGCCGUCAACAAGACAAAAAAGGGCGCCAAGACUGUCACGCGGGGUAUCGCUGCCGGUGGAGACGGUGCCGUGAACGUGGCGAAAAAGGGCGCCGGUGUUUCGUUGCAUGUGGCCAAGAAAGGCGCCGGUGCUUCGUUGCAUGUGGCCAAGAAGGGCGCCAAGACCAUCUCCAAGGGCAAGAAUGCCGUGUCGGAGGGUCUGAGCGAGGACAACUUGGUCAACAUGGCGGACCACAUGCUCUUUGGCGUUGAAAAGUUGGAGAAUCUCGUGGUCGGAAGAACGUCUUCUCAUGGCAGUGCCACUCGUCGAGCUCGUGGUCGAGGCCGCGGCAGUGGCGGAAAAGGACGCAAGAACGAUCUUCGGGCGUCUCGUUCGGAGCAAAACCAAAUGAUGGUCUACUGUUCCGACAUGUACUCGGAGGACUUUGUCUUGGCCGAAGUGAAAAAGGCGGGCAAAAACAGUCUCGUGACGCAUUUGGUCUUGGAAGAUCUCAUUGCCCGUGAUCAGGAUUCCUUGACAGAUGCCGUCAAGGAAUUCCUCAUUGGUACGGUGCCGUGUGCCGACAAGAGGAUUAUCCGUCUGGACCGAGGCAGUGGAAUGGUACGACGACCAUGGGAAGGCAUUGUCUUUACCGAUUGCAUCAGCGAUGCUGAAGACUACAAGAAUUACCAGGAGAAGAAAAACAAGUUCUUGUCCGGUCUGAGUCGUCUGUUGACGGCGAAACAAAUGUCUGUGACAAUGCCCCUCCACUUUGUCGCCAAGUUGGAGAUUCAUUCCAUGUUGAAUGCGGUCAGCAUUGCCGAACUGUUGCAAGAAGUCGAGCGUGAUCGAUCCAUCAAAUUGGUACGCAUUCCAGGAUUCCAAGGAACCGACGAUGAAAUCGCGGCCGAGUUUGCGUCCUUUUUGGACACGGAUUCGAUGGAAUGGAAGGGUCCCCUCGUAGAGAUCCGUCUGCAAUAUGACAAGGAAGGCAUCACCAUGGAUGAGAUCUUGGCCAAAAAAUCAGGAAAGAAAGCAAAGGACACCAUCCGUGCGAUUAUGAAGGCAUUCGAGCAGGCAUGCUACGCGGACGAAUUGGGCUCGCUGGCGGAUGAGGAUGACGAAGGCUCGGUGGCUUCCCUCCCUCACAUGGAUGGAGCGGGUGUCAACAACAAGCGGUCAUCCAGAGAACGCAGCGGAAAGCGGUCCAACAGAGGCAUGCGCGAUGAAUCCACCACAGAACGAUCAUCCUUCUCGGAGUCCGACGGAGAAAAUGAUAUCAUCGAAGUGCGAAGGUUCGUUCUCCCUUAG